AUGCUCAAACUCGUCUCACUUUUUCAGAUACAAGUUAUUGGUAACAAGCUGAACCUACCAAGAGUUCCACUGCGGAAUCGUCCGCUGCAGAAAGCGGGUACGGAGUGGGUGACUCGCGCUAGAUCUUGGCUAUUGUCCGAAGCCCAUUAUAGUCCUGAAUUCAUUUUGGAGUCUACAAAUAUUUUACGUCAUAUUUGUGACGUCACGACAGCAAUCAGCCCCAAACUUUCACCCUAA